AUGUCCAGUCCUUCCACCAGCAGCAGCAGCAUUAGAACCAAAACUAUGUGUCCAGAUGUCUGUGUACCCAAGGGACUAAAUCACAUCAUCUACGCCUGCUUCCUUCUACUGACAGUUGCCCUUGUCGUCAACGCAACACCCCAUUUUCUGAGCGAAGACGAUCUAGAAGACGGCGGAUAUUUAUCAUUGGAUAAAAGACCAGCCAGACUGUCCUACUUCCGAGAGCGAACUCCAUCCGGGGGCGGAUACGGCAGACGAAGGUACAAUUCCUACAGUGGUUACAGUAGCCAUAGUUACGGUGGAAAAAAUGACUGGUGGAGGAAAAAAGCGGUAAACAGACACAACAUGCCUUGGGAAAACCUGCCCAACACUAACUGCCUUCGCCAGUACUGCAGAAGCGACAACGAUUGUUGCAGACGACACUCCAAAUGUAACGAAGAAGCUCACGUCUGCUACGACUGCUGGUACGGUCAUCCUUGCAAAGAGAACAUGGACUGCUGCGAGAGAUACCCAAUCUGCAACAAAGUUCUUCACAGUUGUGGAAAAUAA